GGAUACGGAAUCUAUCGCUUUCUGAAACACCGGUAAGUUUCUGCUUUGAAAACCCUAACACGUAGGUACUUUUAGCACGUUUUUUCCCAUUCUCGCUGCGUAGCGCAGAGCUCCCCCUAAUCCGCAGGCAAGGUAUACUUUGCGAACCUAUAAGUGUUGUCGAAACGCCCACAGUAACGCGUGAUCGGCUCCUCAUUAGCACCUCAGAGUGCGGAGUCCCUACAUGGUGAAGAGACUACGUUAUAUAGGUAUAAUCGUAGGUGGCGGUCAAUUCCAGCAGUAUUUGCGGACGGUGUACGUUCGUGUACGCAUAUCGGGCACGUGUUCCAAGUUCCCGUAAACGUUGUUUCAGUUGCGAGGACACAGCACCCUUUCGACAGGCGAGACCAACCACAUUUACAUCCACAGCCUCGAGUGGCUGCAGUUUUGUUCCUCGUUAUUUUGCAAAUAUCAAAAUGAAAUUCCCCCGGGAAGUGGAAAGCGGUGCACGGUCUGAUGAAGUCGCUUCAACUCCGUUCGUGUAUUGUAUUCUGUAGCUAAACCAUGGAACGAAAAAUUACGGAGGUGGAGGAUGUCGCCGCGGAAGUCUGCACGGGGGCUGGACAGAAUGCGGCACCACCGACGGGGGUUGGCACCGAGAUACCUACGGGGAGUGCGACGAUGGAGUGCGGAGGCUGCGGCGACCGGGUCCGGGAGCGAACGGUCCUCUGCGUGGGAGGGCGAACUUGGCACUCGCGUUGUCUCAGGUGCUGCGCCUGUGCCAGGCCUCUCCACGAUCAGCACUCCUGUUUUUUGCGAGGCAUGCGGCUCUACUGCAGGCACGACUACGCCAUGGCUUUUGGAGCCAAGUGUGCCAAGUGUGGGCGUAGUGUCGGUGCUGGUGACUGGGUUCGGAGAGCUAGAGAACGUGUUUAUCACCUGGCUUGUUUCGCCUGCGACGCGUGUUCGAGACAACUUUCGACUGGUGAACAAUUUGCGCUCCUAGACGCGAGGCUUCUCUGCAAGGCGCACUACCUGGACGUCGUCGAAGGCAACAACACCUCGUCCGACGAGGGUGGCGACUCGGAGAGCGGACACAAGGGUGGCAACAAGGCCAAGAGGGUGCGGACAACCUUCACCGAGGAGCAGCUAUCGGUCCUUCAAGCCAAUUUCCAGCUGGACAGCAACCCUGACGGUCAGGACCUUGAGAGGAUAGCUCACGUCACUGGACUCAGCAAGAGAGUGACCCAAGUAUGGUUCCAGAACUCCAGAGCACGGCAGAAGAAGCAUUUGCACACGGGGAAGCUGAAGGGUCAGCACGUUCAUCAGUCACCUCCGAAUUCCGUGUCACCAGCCACUGGCGAUUUCGGAAGACACAUCAACCUCCACUUGACCUACUCCUUUCAGCAUCAGCAACAUCAGCUCAGUCAACAGCCGCAGCUCAGCCCGGCUACCUGUAAAAGCCCGACGCCUUCCCUUUACCACAAUCACGGUUCGGAGCAGUCAAUGGACGAGCUAUCUCAAGACUCGAUGAUGCUUUCGAUGCCAAACGAGGUCUGAGCUGGUGGCACGAGAGGCUGAUAAUGGCAAAUCUUGACAACUGGUAAGAAAGUUUCUGUAAAUAUGACUGAGAACAGUUGCAGAAGAAAUCUCGCGUGUAUGUAAAAUGUGUUGCGUGAAUGUGUAUAAUAACGUGCGUAUACGCACGAUGGGUAUAUCGAUAAAUUUUACCCAUACAUCGAAUCCUGCCGAUAUAUUAUAGUAAUAAUAAUCACGACGAUUAUUAUUAUUAAAAAAAUCUAGAAAGAUUUUUAAUCGUUAUUUAUUGAGAAGAUAUUGAUUCUGUUACAGUAGAAUAGUUUUGUAUACGCGAAUACUGCGAAUAUUUAUAAUAGCAUAGCUUUCGUAGGGAUUGUUGCAAGUUCUGCAGCUUGCUCUAUCGUAUAAUACGGUUCACUCGAUCGAAUCUCAAGCCUGGGGGAAUUUUUUUCCUGUUGGUGGGUAGCUUUAACGCCUCUAACAAUUCACUCCUGUAUACGGUAUAUUACGAUAUAGAAAUAUACGCGUGAAAAUAUCGCGCUGGUACACAAGUACGUACUACUACCUAUAAUAAUAUGUAUAUUAUUCAAAUUCGAAAGUAAUACGAGGAGAGAACAAGAUCCAAGAUCGACAUGUAGAAGUAGUAUUAAUAAAAGUAAUAGUAAUAAUGAUAAUAGUAACAAAAACAACAAUAAGAAUAAUAAUAAUAAUAAUAAUAAUAAUAAUAUUAUAAUCACAAUACACUUUGAAUCCGUGUUCGCGCCACAGUCGCACUGCUCACGAUAAAGUAUUUAUUUAUGGUCGCCGCUGUACGUAUUCAAAUGUACAAUUGCGUCAUUAUUACGAUACGUUCUAGAGUACGUAACUGGUGUAGUUAGGUACGCGGCACUGAUGCAAUUGCAUUAAAAAUCUCGGGCUCCCACCUUGCCUGAAAAAGGUCUGUACAUAUAUACUAAGAAAAAAAUAGGAAAUUACAAUAAAUUAAUCGGCGAAUUAGAUUUGAAGUACCAAUUAUUCCGCCUGCCGUUAUUGUAUAUACCUGUGUAGAAAUUCAUCUAUAUAUGUAAAUUUUCGGUGUAUAUACAUAAAUAGCAGGCCGUAUACGAGUACAUAUAUACAUAUUAUACGGACUAGCCCAAUUAUAAGAAGAUUG